GCCAGAGAUAGUUGCCUCGGCAUCCUGAAAAAGACAGCAGAACAACCUUCGCUCUUUUCUCAUCCGAGGUUUCCGAGACACUGGGCAGGUACUCUCUCAGUCUAACACUACCUUCAAGACAACCAAUCAAUUUAAUUUCCAAAUCGAGCAUUUGUUUCGGCGAGUCCUGUCGAUCGAAUAAGUCUCAACGUCACAUCCUUGAUGGUUGAUACCUUCGUCAUCACGGAGCAAUGGAAUCGCUGAAUCCGGGCCCGGCCAUCAUUGCAUCAGAUCCUGUCAUCGGGUCUGGGAUGCACUCGGCGGCCCUGAUUCGACAGUCCACCGUGUUGAGUCGAUUGUGGAGUGCGGGUCAAGAGCCGUUGGCCGACCUCACUCUAUCUACAGAGCACGGAGAUCGGGUUCACGCUCAUUCCUUCUUACUCCGAGGCAUUUCCCCUUGGAUCUAUCAGUUCUAUGCACAGAUCCAAUGUCAUUGCACCCAACUACCCUGUCCCCAUGAGAGUCCGCGGCUAGUGUUCGUGUGCGUCGGCUUUGAUUUGCAUGCGAUCCAGAGCCUCAUGGGCCUUAUAUACACUGGUCAGGUCGAGGCCCAUCAACCUGAGGACACUGAUAAGGUCCAGAACCUUUGCCGUGUCUUGGGGAUCAAUUUGAGUCUGCAUCGGAGCUUGAAAGAGAAGCGAGAACCCGGCCAUGAUAGUGACAGCAGGGAGGCUGCGGCGCGAUAUGAUCACGGUGAUCUUGUUCAACACAAUGAAGUGAUGGACGAAGAUUUGGAUGCAAGUUAUCGCGAGCAAGAUGGGGAAAUAUUGGCUUUGUGGGAAGGAGAUCGAAUUGGUGUCGUAUCCUCUGGUCUUCACUAUUGUACAUUCUGCGACAAAAGGUUCAAGGCCAAAUCCAUGUUGGGCAAGCACGUCCGUCGGCAUCAUAAGCAUCUGCAUCGGACCAACCCCAACUAUGCUUACUCAAACGAUGAGUCGGAAGAAGAUGAAGAACAAGAGCAGGUCGACUCGGAAGCCUAUAAUGGACCGUUAUCCUUGGCAUCAUUGGACAGCAUCGGUGCAAAAUACGGCUUUCCGGGCCAACAGUCCUGGAAGUGUUUCAAGUGUUCUAAAUUAUACACCAACUUCCACAAGCUCAAGAAUCACAUCUCAAGCCAUUUUGCGGACGAGAUUAUUCAAACGUUUCCCAACUCGAAGAAGUCUUGCGAGUUCUGCAAGUACAAAUUUAGCAAAAAGUCGGACAAAGUUUGUCAUCUGGCGGUAAGGCACGAUAAGCUCACACUUUUCGUCAGCCAAGAGGACCAGCCCGAGAUCUACACCAGAAAAAUCAAACACCGCGAAAAGAUCCCCACUGAAAAGAUCAAGCCUUUGGAAGAUUUGUCCACGGCGCAAGACCUGGUCAAAAGAGCGUUGUCUCUGUCCGAGACCCGCCCCAAUCAGAGCAUAGCCUGUGUGGUGUGUCAAAAAGAGACCCGAGAAGGUAAACCCUAUCGCAUCCAUCUGAACAAUCAUUUCAUGGACACUUUGCUUAAAAUGUACCCGCAUUACACUGGACUUACUUGUAACAUUUGCAAGGUCACCUUGGCCAAGAAGAGAGCGCUUGGGUUUCAUUUAGGUUUCAUGCACGAUGGCUACAAGAUCAUUUCCAAAAUGAGUCUCAAGGACAGAUUGUCAUGAGGAAUGACGUAUGGCAAAUGGAACGACUUUCUUUACAACAA